AUGGAGUUAGAUGCUAGUCCUGAAGAGAUGCGUAAACAAGCAGCAGAAGAGAAGAAUAAGUACAAAGCUCUUAAAGGAGAAGGGAAAUCUGAAGAAGCGUUAAAAGCCUUUAAGAGAGGGAAAGAACUUGAGAGACAAGUACAAAUCGUUGAACCAGCAAAACUAUCUAACAUUCAACAUCUCACCAUUAGACCAAUUGAGAACUGGUCCUUCAAAACAGGCAUCUCUGUUCUAAUAUCGGCUACCAGAUUGUUCCCGAUCGAGUGGUACGAGUUGAAGCUGACUCUAAGGAACUUCGGGAACAUCUCCAGAAGAAGCAGGAUCUGGUUUAGAUGA